AUGAAUGAACCUAUAGAAAAAAAUGAAAAAGUACAAAGCAUGACAAAACAAAUCGAUGUGGAGUCACACCCAAUCUGGCAACCCUAUUCGCCAAGCUCAGGUUUCGGAGCGCUUUUAGAAACUGCAGUCAGGCGCUUCUGAGUUGUACAGUACUGUGAGGAAAGAUUUAUCAGGAGUGUAUCUGUCUACUCUGUUCCAUUACUUAUAAACAUAUAGGGGUUUUUUUGUUUGCUUGUUUGUUUUUUUUUUUUUACAGGGACAUUUAAAAAAAAAAAAAGCUGGCUUCAACCUUUGACUCUAUCUACAUCUGGCUAGUUUAUGUUAUUUUGGUGAAACAGAUGCAGGAUAGAGAUUAUCCCUGGAGAAACCUUUCUCAGAACACAGCCUAAUAACUUUGGUGAUAUUUAUUUCUAUAGUGCAAAGUGAAUUUCUAAUCUAUAGUGCGGCUGGAUUACAGUGAAACCAAGGAGGCACUGAGGAAGUUUCAGGAGGCGUCGGGUCAAUCUGGCAACCCCAGACAGGGCGCAGUGAUUUGCAGCGUCUACUGUAGAUUCGGAAAACAGAGUUUCAGUGGCAGUAAACUCGUAAACACGCGCAGGAAGAACCUCGGGCAGGAGGAGAACCAUGCUGGGGAGGAAGAAGACAGGAGCGGGAAGGAAGGAACAGCCCAAAGCCUGUGAGCCGAAGAUCCCUGGCCAUCUGGGAAAAUUCGGAUUUACUACUCAUAGCAGGUGUGCUGGAUACAGACUUCUUGUCUCCUGCCUGCUGGACAAUGAGGACGUGCGUGUAAUGCUACAGGGCUCCAGCAUAGUGAAGGUGCGCUCAUCACGCUGGCAGAAACAACGCGGCUUCCGACUGCUGGAGGACUGUGUCACCGUGUGGUGUGAGUCUAGCAAAACCUCCCGCAAAGCCAAGAGACGCCAGAGCUUCUGCGUGACGGAGGUGGAGUGUGUGCGGGAGGGUUGCCAGUCCGAGUGCCUGCGUCAGCUCGGCGAUUCCGUUUCCGAAUCUCGGUGCUUCACGCUGGUGUUUCGUGGAGGGAGGAAGAGUCUGGACCUGUACUGCUCAUCGCCUGAAGAGGCGCAGUGCUGGGUCCGGGGCAUCCGAACUCUCAAAGACCGAGUCGGCAACAUGAGCCAGAAAGAGAAGCUCGAUCAUUGGAUCCGAAGCUAUCUGAGACGAGCCGAUCUGAACCAGGACGGAAAGAUGAGUUAUGACGAGGUCCAGCACCUGCUCCAGAUGAUCAACAUAAACCUGAAUGAACAAUAUGCACGCACGCUCUUCAAGAAGUGUGACCGCUCUCAUGAUAACCGCUUAGACCCCGGGGAGAUUGAGGAAUUCUGUCGGGAGCUCAUGAGACGGCCCGAGCUGGAUGCUGUGUUUCGCCAUUACUCUAGUAACGGCUGUGUGCUCUCCACGCCGGAGCUGCGGGACUUCCUGGGUGAUCAGGGCGAAGGAGCCACGCUGGGCCAUGCACAAAAACUCAUCGAUACCUACGAGUUCAAUGACUGGGCCCAGAAGAACCUGUUCAUGACUCAGAACGGCUUCACCAUGUACAUGCUGUCAAACGAAAAUGACCUGUUCAACCCGGAUCACACACGUGUGUAUCAGGACAUGAGCCGGCCGCUGGCCCACUACUACAUCUCCUCCUCUCACAACACCUACCUCACUAAAGACCAGGUGACUGGAGAGAGCAGCACAGAGCCUUACAUCAGGGCUUUGAAUGAGGGCUGCCGCUGUGUCGAAUUGGACUGCUGGGACGGUGAUAAAGGGGAGCCUGUGAUCUACCAUGGACACACACUCACCUCUAAAAUAGCUUUUAAGGAGGUCAUUGAAACUAUUGCUCAGUAUGCCUUCAAGGUGUCUCCGUAUCCUCUGAUCUUGUCUCUGGAGAAUCAUUGCUCCGUGGAGCAGCAAGCCGUCAUGGCUCAGCACCUGCGCUCUAUCCUCGGUUCAGCUCUACUCACCAAACCUCUCAGCGACCAGACACUUAAUCAACUGCCCUCACCAGAGGCGCUGAAGGGCCGGAUCCUGGUGAAAUCAAAGAAGCUGACUGGUCAGAUAGAAAAGAUGGGCAGCUCAGCUAGUUUCUCAUCCUUCUCAGACGAGGAGAUCAAGAAGGAGUCUGGGAAGCCAGUGAGCUCUUCUAAGAUAAGUCCCGAGCUGAGUGAGCUGGUGGUGUAUUGCCAGAGUGUGCCGUUUCCUGGAUUCGACGUGGCCCGUCAGAGACCCCCGAGUGUGAUGUACUCUUUCUCUGAGAAUGAAGCACUCAAGCACAUCAAAGACUCGGGAAAGCUUUUUGUGACACACAACAGUAGACAGCUGAGCCGGGUUUACCCAUCAGGCCAGAGGCUGCAGUCCUCUAACUACGACCCACAGGACAUGUGGAAUGGAGGAUGUCAGCUAGUGGCUCUGAACUUCCAGACACCAGGGGAACAGAUGGAUCUGAACCGGGGUCGUUUCCUGCCCAACGGGCGAUGUGGCUACGUGCUGAAACCAGACUUCCUGUGUCAGCCAAAUUCCAACUUCAACCCCGAGAACACCGGUGGAGGCCCUGGACACAUACCCACUCAACUUACCAUACGGGUGAUUUCUGCCCAGCAGUUACCCAAGAUUAACACAGACAAACCCAACUCCAUCGUGGACCCUCAAGUUUGUGUGGAGAUCCAUGGAGUGUCUAUUGAUAAGGCCCGUGCCAAAACUCAACGCAUCAACAACAAUGGUUUUAAUCCACGCUGGGAUUGCACCGUGAGCUUUCAGCUGCAGGUUCCUGACCUAGCCCUGGUGCGCUUUGUGGUGGAGGAUCAUGACCACACGAGCAAGAACGACUUUGUCGGCCAGUUCACCUUACCCUUCAACAGUCUACGCACAGGUUACCGUCAUGUUCACUUGUUGAAAGCAGACGGCUCGAGCCUCUCUCCAGCUACGCUCUUCAUCCACGUGAAGGUUACGCGCCGAGGAAAGCCCAUCAAAACAGUGUCAGAGCGCAUGGGGAAAGUCUGAAACCGUCCAGACCUUGAUUCGUAGUGAUCCUAGAUUCUGAAGACAUCCCGCCCAGGUGGAUAGAGAGGAGCCCGGGUCCCGAACUCAAUCCCAAAGAACUACGAGCAGUGUAACGUCCAGACACAAGAUCCCACAACAUCUGUGCUUUUCCAGAGUGUUGCUCAACGCAGACGUGGCGUCUCCGUGGCCAGGGCUUCCAGACAGGCUUUAGACUAUAGCUGGCUGUGACUGACAUCUAUUACUAUGAUCGAUAGAUUCCUGUUUCUCUAGGACAGAGUUGCAUUAUGUAGUCAGAGAUGUUUUUAAGCUUCCAUAGAGGCAGUGUUGCCAGACUGAGAUUUUUAUUUUUUAACGGUCUGACGUUUUACACAAUUUUUUAGAUCGAUUUUUUUUCGAUUAAAAUUUUUUAAAUUAAGUGUUUCUUGUAAUUUAACGUUUAAUUUUAUUUACACUCAUAUAGUCAUUAAGUGCCUGAUAAUGCACUGUUUAAAUGAUGUUUAUUAGUGUUUCGAUACUUGCCAUUUUGUAGUAGUCCGGAGUGUGUAGACGCAAGACUAUGCAAGACUAAGCUAGCUAGCAUGGACGGGGGGUAGGGAACGUUCUGGGAAUGUGUGGAAAGGCAGUUAACCAAGAAAUGACUAAAUUAUUGUCAGAAAUGAACAAAUCUUCCACACAAGUAUUUGAUUAUAUGAAGUAGAUACAAUCAGCAGUUGAGCACUUUAUAACACACAACAGCGUUGGGUAUAGUGAUAAAUAAAACUGCAUAUUGAAUUUGAGAAUGUAACACAAAAUUAGUAAGUAUUAUAAAUGUCAUUAUAUGAGAGGUUUUACACCAAAAUAUUGCUUAAAGAUAUAAACAAUAUAUAAAAGUUGUCUCUGUUUAACCUUACUGAGGAUUAAAACUUUACGUCUCAAUGUCUUAACAUUAACGUUACCACAGAAUAGUGAAACUUACCACUCAUAUGUUCUCGAAAUGUAGAUUAUCCAUCCAUCCAUCCAUCCAUCCAUCCAUCUUCUACCGCUUACUCCUUUUUUAUGUUGUCUGAAAUUUUAAAGCCGUCUACUAAUACAAACGCAAAUAGAAAAGACUGAAAUCAGAAUAAAAAGUCUACUGUUUUGAAUGAAGGGUAGAUUUUACUCAAACACGUGUGAGGUAUUGUACUUGUUGACUGAUCUGGCAUCGUCGUAAAUUAAAAUCUUGCCACCUUCUUGCCAGAAUGCAAAACUGAAAUGACGUUAUGGUGCAGGUAUGAGAGCUAUUGUUAAUAGAAUAGGUUUGCUUUUCUGUACCCAGAGGACUGAUUUCUGUAACCAGAGGACUGUAACUUACCAGAGAACAAAUCAGCAGUGAUGUUAAAUAUGGACUACUACAAUUACAAAAUGUAAUUAAAAUGUACUUACACAGCUGUAAACGUUUCAUUUAUAUCAACUGUUAUGUAACAGAUGUUUUCUAAAACCUAUAUUUUUUAUGUUUAUAGUGAGCAUUACAUAUACAGUAUAUAUACACAAUAUAUUAUAUAUAUAUGUGUGUGUGUGUGUGUGUGUGUGUGUGUGUGUGUGUGUAUAACUAGAUGCUUGCCACUGACUUUUUAAACCUAAUAAUACUUUUUAAUGGACUUUAGAAUAAGUACAAUUCCAAUCUUCUCUGGAAAGAUUUGUGAUAUUUCUAAAUAACUGUAGUUGAAAAAGCAUGUUUACAUUUUAUAAACUUACAUUUUAUAACCUAA